AUGGCUCACCCGCAAAACGACCAUCGGCCAGCAUCACCGCCGCCCGAAGCUGUCCCGACGGCCGCUCUUCCACACGGCUUGGGUCCGGCCAAGCUCUCGCGCUGUGUCUCGACGGCCUCGUCGUUGUCUCACGGCUCGACCACCACCCGUGACUCGCGCGAGUCUCUCGGCAGCGAUGCCUCGUCCACGGCCAACUCGCUCAGUCGCCAGUCGUCCGGCUGCUAUCCGCUCUCGCUGCAGACCGGUGCCGCUGCUCCCGGCUCGCUCUCGCUUCCGUCGCUGCAGUCGUAUCCCACCACACCGUCGCUGCCAAACCAGCACCUUGUCCGCCGUCGUGGCUAUAUGCGGCCACAGGGCACCGACUUCGCCGCCAGUGCUCGUUCGCGCGAAAGUGUUCUCAGUCUUGGCAGCAUCACCCAUUUGCAGCAUUACUUUGCCCGCACCGGCCUGCUCGAUCUCAAGGGCCAGCUGGAACGUCGUCGUCGUGGCAUCGGCAAGGCUCGCACCCUCGAUCUCUCUCAGCUCGACCCGGCCAGCUAUCUGACUCUACAGCCGGCAAAGACCACCCGCCCGGUCUCCAUGAUGGCUGCUCCUCCCGGCCUCUUUCUCGGUGACCAGCCGGACCAGGACGACUAUAACUCCUUUGCGCCCGACGACCCCGACAACCUCCUUGUCGAGUCGCCCGUCCAGGACGAUGGCCUUCCCGUCGACGAUGCCCCCGACGAUGACUGGGAUCCCGACGACGAUGAGGACGGCAUGCUUCCGCCAACUGUCAGCACGUAUCGCUUCCGCGAGACCACCCUGCCCAAGCCGCCCACCCAGGCUGAGCUGCGUGCCGACCUCAAGGCUGCCCUGACCGACGGCAGCAAGGCCCUUGCCGAGAUCCGUGCCGGCAUGGCAGCGCGCGCUCGUGCAAAGGCUGCCAAGGCCGAGCUCGCUGCCCUCGCCGCCGAACCGCCCUCGCCGCAGCGCGAGGAGACCGCCACACCCAUGUCCAACGACUAUUUCACCAGCGUGCGCAACCAUGCCGACAGCGUGACCAGCGUCCGCAGCGUCGCCACCACUGCCUGGUACGAGAUUCAAGGCAUGCACAUCCUCGACAUCAUGACCCUGGCCAUCCGUGCCGCCAAGGUCUUUUACACCAGCCACGAGCAUCCCGACCUGCUGGACGCCAUCAAGCCCGAACGGGAGGUCCGCUCCGAGCUGCUCGGCGUCAUGGAUGUUCUGCGCCGCAUGGCUACCCGCAACUUUGCCGGUGGCGCCCGUCGCGAUGAGCUGCGCGCCAUGGAGGCCUGGAUCGCCAGCCUGCACGCCAUGCUCGAUGCUGAGGACGCCAUGUUUGCCGCCGAGAAGGCCGAGCGCGCUGGCUGGACCUGGCUGCGGGAUGGUGAUUGGCCUGCUGGCCCUGGCAUCGACGGCAAAGACCGCCUCCGCGCCUAUGCCCGCGAACACGCCUUCAUGCAGUCCAUUCUGGUCGGAUACUCCACCGAAGUCAUUCCCGACUGGAUCCCCAUCGACCGCAGCGACGUCGGCGCAGACACGCCCCGCGACGACACCACCGACGACGGCCCCGUCGCCUCUACUCCCUUCCUCCAGCACUUGCAGUCGGGCGUCUGUCUCGUCCGGCUGCACAACUGCGCCGUCCGCCGGUCGCGACGUCGUUUCGGCGCCAUUCCCACCUUCCACGCCGACACCCAGAAGCCCUAUCGCGCCGCCGACAACCUGCGCUACUGGGUCAAGGCGGCUGAGCUGCGCUGGGAGAUCCUGCUCAAGAUUGACGCCCUCGCCGUCGUCUGCAACAACAGCACCGCUGCCCUCGCUGCCUUUGAGGAUGCCAUCUACCAGUGGUGUCGAAAGGUCCGCGAGGAGGUUGCCGCCUCUGCCGACGACGACGAGCUUUGA